AUGUCGGAUGCUGACUAUGUCAAGGCCUACGAGGACUUCCUGGCGAUGGGCCUCCAGGGAGCUGCCAUCCAGGUCUUGCUGGAAGGCUUGGCAGCUACCAACAGCCCACGGCUUCAAGAGCUUGCGCGCAGAGAUGCUGUUCCAUUGCCCGAGGCCAAGCCAAGCCAAGGCUAUGACGAGAAUCCCUUCCAGGCUUUGAGCCUCCAACGUGCCAAAGUGGAAGAAGAGGAGGCUUUGCUGCAGAGCUUCAGAGAUGCUCAAGCGGCGCACGAAGCGUUUGUAGAAGCCACGAAGGAGGACUGGCAGCUGCAGCGUGGCUCGUGGCGCGAGUUGAAGCAGCAAGAACAGCAGCUCCGGCUGGCCUCCCGUGAGGCCUUCAGCCGUUGCAAGGAGCUGUUGCUCCGUGGGCGGACCUCGUUGCGGCCGGAGCUGCUCCGUGCGCCCCUGACGCCUGACGGACUGCCAGAGACGCAUGCCGCACUCGCAGGCGGUGGAGGACCAGAGGAAGCUCUUCGCAGAUUGCUGGGAGAGGCUGCAGGUGCGUUUCAGGACGAAAGCCUUUGGAGCAAGGAGGGUCCUGGCAGGCUACUGGAGCAGAGCAAACGGAUGGCGGCUCUCGACGCCUUGCCGGCACGUGCUAAGGAACUGGCCCAGCGAGGACCUGGCACACUGGGCUCCUUGCUUUGUGCUAUCGCAGAAGAGACCUUUUUGGCGGCGAAGGGUUGCGAGCAUGUGCUGGUCAUCGGCGGACAUGGUAUCUCUGCCGUGUCCGCUGCUCGUGCUGGGGCCCGCGCCGUGGUGCUGUGGGAGCCCUUGGAGGAUGUGGCGUGCGCGGCUCGCGAGGUGCUGCGGAGAAAUCUCAAGCAGGAAGAGUUGACACGCUGCGUCGUGAAGACGGGCGAUGUCGCCGACGUCGCGUUGUCGCUGCCUCCGGGAAGCCUGGUGGUGGUGGACCGAUGGCAUGGCUUGGGUGUGUUAGGUUGGUGUCCUUUGUUGGCCUUGCGGCAAGUCUUGGGUGGAGCCGCUGCCCCUUCAGGUGUGGUGCCUUCCAAGCUGAGCAUUUCACUGGCUUUGGCCGACGCCGGGCUCCACAACACGCAGGGCUUGGACCUCUCGGGCAUGGACGCGCGCUUCCGGCCGCUCUCGGUGGCACCCUUGAAGGUUGGUGUGGGCGAGCAUCCACAUCCGACAUCACUGCGGCCGAAGCUUCUCACGGACUUUGUUCAAGCCUUUGACUAUGAUUUGGCUCGCCCAGCACCGCCGAGCGAUGGUCCCAAGCCCCUGGCUUUCUCGGCGAAGCCGUCGAAGGUCGCCGCCACCGCGGCACUCUUCGAGUGUCGCUUCGAGCUGCCCAGGUCCAAAGGCAAUGGGUCGUUGCGCUUCGCACAAUGGCUGCCUGGUGCUUUGCAACUCAAAGGUGCAGACAUGGGGCUGUGUGCGUGGCGUAAUGACAGCCGAGUGUGGCUCGAGUGGGAUGCUGCCAAAAGCCUUCACCCACCCUUUGGAUUUAUGGCGCUCAGUGACUGGUACUUUGAGAUGCUGCGGGAUUCUGCCAGGCACGAGCUCUACGAGCGGGCGCUGCAAGUGGAAAUCACCAAGAAGAAGGAAACAAGUUCAGAGUGCAAAGUUCUUGACGUUGGCAGUGGUGAUGGUAUUUUGUCGCUGAUGGCCUUGCGUGCUGGCGCCACCUCUGGUCUGGGCGUGGAGUACGUGGCACAGAUCGCCCGAGCCAGUGAGGAGGUGGUUGCCGAGAACCGCCGGGCCGAGGCGGUGCCUGAGACCCCCUUGGAGAUCCGCUGUACGGACGUGAGGGGCAUUGAAGAGCGUCCAGAAAAGGAGCGUUUUGAGGUCUUGGUCACAGAAUUGAUGGAUGCCUCUGGGCUUGGGGAGAACCUCAUCGCCCUGACUGAGGGUUCCAAGCGACGGCUCUGUAAGAGUGACUGCGCCGUGAUCCCCAAUGCGCUGCGCCUCAAAGCCGUGCUUUGCGAGGUGAAACUCCCGGAUCUCAACGGCGUGAACAUCGAUGCUUUUUGGCCUUUUUGGCCCUUGGACCGUGCCGGAGAGGCGUUGUGGCUGGGCGUGGAUCUGGACAAGAUGGAAGGAGAAUUCAAGGUACUGACCGAUGCUGUGGAGCUCUUCUCUUUGAGCUUGGGAGAGGCAGACGUGGAUGCCAUCCCCACACGCGCCAGCUACAACUUCACUGGCAUUGCUGAUGGCACUGCGAAUAUGGUAGUUUGGUGGUUUGAAGCGCAGCUCAGUCAAACCGAUCCUUCGGUGGUUCUGACCAACGCACCCAGCUCACUUGAUGGGAGACACAGCGCCACCUGCUGGGGACAAGCUGCUGCAGAGAUCCCACACGUGCAGGUACAUCCAGGACAGGCGACGGAGAUCCUGAUGGAGUUGGCCUUCGGUGAAUACCAGCUGAAGUUCAAGGUUCCAGGCCGCGGAAGCGCGCCAGCGAUGCGUGGCACGCAAUGCACGCCGCCCCCCCACGUCGAAGACUACUCGGAGGAAUAUCGGAAAGCCUUGGAGGACCAUGCGCAGCGGCAGAAGAGUUACUUGAGCUUUGCCAAGGAGUCGAGUGUGGGGCAGACAGCGAUCCGGAACGCCGACGUAGAGUCUGUGGCGGCCCUCCAGCAGUGUGCUUUGGCCAUGGCGCUCUUCCCUGGAUCUUUCGGAGUGGAAGCACAAACUGCCAAUCGCAUUCUGGUCAGCUGGUACACUGUUGGCGGGGAAGGGCGAAGCUGA